AUGUCAUUACACUUUACCUCAUUCUUGAAGCUCGUCUUUAUAACAACUUUCUUCGUACAUUCAACAUUCACUUUCCCGGUUUUGCUCCCUUUCCAUCAUCAUCACGGCACAACUUCCACACCGACGACCCUAGUGAACAACGACUUCGUAUCAUCAAAACUAUUAAGACCAGCGCUGUUCAGUCGUGUUGUAUAUUGUGCUAAAAAGACGGUCACAAAGUGGGACUGCGGCGGACCUUGUGAAGCAAUUGGGCCGGAUAUUCAUGUCAUCAAAUGGGGAGGGAACGAUGGUUUGGUUCCAUCUUAUCUCAUUGCACACGAUCCUUCGACGAACACCAUCGUCGUAGCUCAUCAAGGGACCAAUAGCAAGAAUGUCUUGUCAAUUUUGAAUGAUGUGAAUAUAUUACAUGUCGGAUUGGACAAGUCUAUUUUCAAACAAUCCGCAAAGAAGGUCGAAGUACACGAAGGCUUCCAGAAUACAUUCAGACAUACAUCCACCAUUGUCCUCACUGAGGUCAAGAAAGCAUUGAUUCAAUAUAAAUCCCAAUCCGUUUUGUUAACCGGCCAUUCACUAGGUGCUGCAGUUGCCGUUUUAGACGCCAUUAUGCUCCACGAGAAUCUCGAUCCCUCAGUCAAACAGUCAGUCGUCGUAUUCGGAUUGCCGCGCAUGGGUAACGAGCACUGGACCAAGUUUGUUGACUCGACGAUUGGUUCAGAUUUCAUUCGAGUUACGGAUCGCAAGGACCCCGUAGUCGACCUCCCACCUCGGUUGUUGGAUUAUUAUCAUCCUGCUGGAGAAAUACAUAUCGAAGAUGUCGACAAAACAGGUCAAGCCACCAAGAUAGUUGCAUGUCCUGGACAAGAGAACAAGCACUGUGCAGAAGGAAAUUCGAUCUUCAAGGAUCAUACAUCUGACCAUCUAGGACCCUACUUCAACGAUAUCUCAUUUGGGCAGGACGCCUGUAAGAUGAAGUCGUCGUGA